AUGUCCUUGCUGACGGGGGUUUGCCUUCUGGAUGACAGGCCGCUUGGCGGGCAGCCGCUGUACAACUACUGGACCUUCUCCGGGGAGCCUCUACUGGUGACCCUGGUGGCGGGGCAAAGCGCCGAGGUCAUGGUGCAGUAUGGCCAGGAGAACAUCGCAAUGUCUGUGUCUUCUUGGACCACCGCUGGCCUUCUCAAGGAUCAGGUCUGCGAUGAUCUCGGCCUGGAUGCGGGUUCCGCCGUGCUGAGCCUGGUCUUGCCCCGCGAGGUCCGUCCCCUGCCAGAUGGGGAGCUGCUUCUCUCCUCGGGCUACGUGGCGGGGUGCAUCUUCCGCCUCACCGCUGACUGA